AGCCAUUUUGAGUACAGUGGGACCGACAGGAAGUGGAAUGGCUAUCUUACAGAUCGGCUGUGAUAACAGCUCGAUGCGGACCUGCCGGGCUUUAAUUCCCUUUAACUGUGACCCCGAUCGCUCUGAAGUUGAUUCCAGUAGAGUCAACACAGAAGUGGGAGGCAGGUAUGUUUCACUGGAAGAUUUAGAUUAGAGGAAGAUUUUUUGGUAAAUUUGUGGGCUCUUCUCGAGCAGCCGGGGAGCAGUUGUUUGGAGUUAGCUUAGCUCAGAUCACCCGCUUCGGUGCUGGCCCUAUCACGGGUAAAUCUCAGUGAAGGAGGAGCAGCAGCAGCCUACCUGGUCCCUUUAGCCCACACCUCUAUAAUGUCCCCACGGCUCCGCCCACACUGACCGUCUUCUCCCCGGCGUGCAGAAAGACACGGCUAGUAUGCAGCAGAACUGUCGCAGCUUUUCCACGAAGUGGCGCUGCUGAGAAACGAUCAGUCGGGGCUGUACUGCCGGCGCCGCCAUGGAUGACUUCACUACAAGGACGUAUGGCACGAGUGGCCUGGACAACAGACCGCUGUUUGGAGAGACGUCCGCUCGGGAUCGAAUCAUCAACACGGCGGUGGGGGGAUUUACGUCUGUGGUGGUUCUGGUGACUGUCAUCUGUUCCUUUGUGUUUCCCACGAUGCCUCCGCGGCCGCUGAACAUCUUCUUCGCCGUGUGCAUCCUGCUGACCUGCAGCUCUACGUUAGUGCUGAUAUUCUGGUACCGGCAGGGCAACCUGGAGCCCAAAUUCAGGAAUCUGAUCUACUUCAUGCUGGCGUCCAUCGUGCUGCUGUGUAUAUGUGCCAACCUCUACUUCCAUGACGUCAGGUAAAGGCAGGGCCAAGGAAGCGGGAACAAGGGAACACGUAGCCGUCAUGAGCAGGACCAGCGUGAAGGAGUCACAUGACCAAAAUAAUAACUGUUACAUAAACUUGAACCUGGUGUGGAAUCAGCACCAGUGGGAACUGUGCACAGAGACUUGACUCAGUGUGGGAUGAUGAUGAUGAUGUACUGUAAGAGGCGACAAACUGCUGGAGCACAACACACAACAACACACAGUCGACUGUUUACACGCACGAAAAAUCCACCUCUGAUUCUCAGAGUCGCUUUAAAUCUGACGUCUUUUUUACAUUUAUCUUUCCUUCACUCUCACGUUUGAUCUGCAGUUCUUUAAAGAUAUGAGUUUUGAUCAUUAAACUCCAACAAAACGCCAUCAAAGGUCCCAUUAACAGGACAGCAGGAGGCAGGAAUGCAGGCUGGAUGUCAGAGAGCUCCUUUACUCACCAGCUUCGCUCUGUUUUUUCCCACCCCACUCAUAUUUAAGGGGCCGACAACACCAGAGAGGAAGUGUCCAAAAACAAAACCUGUAGUGGCCACUAGAGGCUGGCACCAGCAGUGAGUCGGUAGACUCCCUUGUUAAAACACAGAAAUAAACAUAUUUUUAUCCUGAUACACUGUUCAAACCUUUAACAGCUGCGGCAGAGAUGAACCAUGGUGGUGCCCAACAAACCUGAGACGUCACAAUGGCCAUGUCCAUCGUUUAUAUACAGACUGUGGACAUUAUGAAGGCAUAAACAUGUUUUAUCCUAAAUCUACUUCCAAAGUGGACUCUUCAGAACAAUUCAAACAUAGAGAAGCUCACAAAGGGAACAAAGGACCAGGCCACUGUCAUACCAUAACCUCAUCUUAUCUGUUAGUCUGAGAAUCUGCUAAUUAUGGAUUAUAGUAUGCCAUGCCACCACCACCCCUUCUCAGGAGAGAAAACGGAAGCUAAUGGUGGUGUGUGGUCUGUUACCAUUAACUAAUAUAAAAACCCAUAGUGGUGCAUUCAGGGGGCUUUCUGUCCUCAGCCCAAAUUCAGAUGUAUUCUGCUGCUGUUACCUGCUCAGGUGAGAACCAGGUGGGCUUUUCCUUUAACCUGGAUGCAGGCUGUGAGCAUGGAGGGAAGCAGCAGUUCAGUACUGUAGACGUUAGCAGGCGGCUGUAGCAGCACAUCGGAAAUAUGCAAACCUGUGUUUUCUCCGUCUGUCGGCUUCUGAUAACCGUGUAUGUAAUUACUGUCCACAUGUGGCUGAGAGGAUUUUAAGUUGGAGUUAAAUGCCGAAUUACACCGACUGCCAAUUCUUUGCACUAAGCAUUUCUAAAUCACACACACUCUCUCUCUACCCUUUUUCUCUCUCAGGCCAGCUGUAGCACCCGUGGAAAUGAAUGAAAGCUUUGUAAAUGGCUUUACCCAUAAAGCUGUGUCACUGUUAUUAAUCUGGCUGUUUCAGAUCCAUUCAGUCCUCAAGCAUCCAUUCGUCCUGCUGCUCCUGCUUUAUGACCUGUUAUUCAUAUAAGGUUUUCAGUUUUCCAAUUUUCCAAAAAACACCAUCGAGGGUUUAAAAGCCUUCAGAUCCUCUUUUCAAUAAAGUAAAAAAAAAAAAAAAACAGGAGCGGGAGGUUAUUUUCCAUCUAAAGAUAAUAAACCUAACAGAAAGAAGACAGAAAACUAACUAGUAGCGACGUUUGGUAGGUUGAACGAUGAUCAGGUAGAAUCUGAUCCGUCCACAGCACGAGGCAGCAUUAGCAACCAGGGAACAAUGGCAAGAAGAACCCUGGUGCUUAAUUAGUUUGGAGUAAAUCCUCCAACCGGCCUGUUUAAAGGGCUGGUUCGCCCAGAAUUACCAAACCAGACUAUAAACUGGAUUCCUCAUUAAUCAUGCAAGGCUGCUUUUGUUUACACCAACCGUAAGAAAUCACUGCCUCUGUGGGCAGCUAUAACUUCUGACCAGUUCAAGCAAAACUCACAAAAAACAUCAAAACCAGCAGCACUCCCAUCUCUGCGCCAUCUGUUGGAAUGAAUGCUCUCUGAGGGACUAUUUUCAGCUGCGGAUAAAUCCAGCGGGUGUUACAGGCGUUACCAGCUAUGAAACAAUAGAAACAGAGCUGUGUGUUACAGAGGAACAGGAUAAACCUCUUUAGGGCAAAUAAGCCCAGCCUUUCACAAUAAAAGCCAACCUGACCACAGCUUCAGGAUUAUGUUUUUUUUUACUUUAAAAUUUCACAUAAGUUCCUGCUGAAAACAGCAGUUUACGAUUUAAAGUCUUCAAAAAUGAGCAUAAAUAAAUAAAGGUGUACUUAAGUCAUGAAAAAACAGGUGGAAAAUGUGUAACAUUGAACUAUUCCUUUGAGUUCUGUUGAUCAUUGUCACCAGCCCGACAAAACAACUUCAUGUAAAAUGAAAAAGGAUGAUUUUUCAGAUCCAAGGGUCCAUUCACAUAAAGUGUCCAGGCUUUAGAGUCUCUUUGGCACUGCGGUCAUUUCAUUCAGGGACUCCAAAAAUGUUCCGUUUAGUUUUAAAGUGCUUGCAUCCGUUAAAGAGGAAACUGGAAGCAGGAGAGGAGGGAGUAUCACAGUCUGACAUGCCGGGUCAAGCCCAAGGGUGGAGGUGUCGCCCUGAGCGACAGCUGCAGCGGGAAGUCCGACUCAGUCAGAGACUUCCUGGUUUUCCAAGAUGGGAUCUGAUGAAAAACAGAAAGGAAGUGAUGCUCAGGUGAAAUUCGUGCAGCAGUAUGAAUACUCUGAUUACACACUUAGAGAGAAACUUCAGGCUAUAUUUUUCAUGUUAAACAAUUCAUGUUUCUUUAAUUUAUUUUUCUAUUUUUAAUCAUCAGAAUUUCCAAGUGCACCACAGGGGUAGAGGGCAUCAGAUUUGGAAGCCUGGGUAUUUUCACCACCCCGCCAUACAGCUGGGUGGCGUGGACACUAAAGCACAACCUCAUCAUUUAAAAGACACGAAGGCUUAAAAACCCAAUCAAACAGUUUGAAUUUAAAGCAGCGCACGCAGCACACAGGGACUCGUCUCUGAGCAGUAAAGGAGAUGCUGAGCCUCAUGGGUCACGGUUGCCAUAGUUUCACUGACAGGAGGCAGAGCAUAGAUUCGCAGUUACGUUCUACUUUAACUGUGUGUGCGUGUUACCCGUUAGUGUGCUACUGAUGUUGGGAGGAGACACGAUCAGCACGGCGCUCCCAGACGUUAUCCCAGAAUGCACCAUUGGAGCCUCCAUCGGGGGGGAACGCAGGCCCUGACACACACACAAACACACACUGUUGUAUUGUUCAGUCAUCAUUGUGUGCUCCCUCUGGGUACAAGGACAACACAGCUGACUUGGUUGUGUUGUGACCCCACCCUCCCCCCUUGUUUUUUCUCACUGUACAAAUAUAUCUAUUUGUUUUGUUUAAGUUAAAAUUCUUACAUAUUCUGGUCAUAAAAAAGUUUUAAUCCACAAAA